AUGAAGUUCGGAGAGACGCUGAAAUCGUCGCUCAUCAAGGACUACAACUACUACUACAUCCAGUAUGAUGAGCUUAAGCAUAAACUCAAGACAGGUAUGUCCAAAUCAGACGACAAGUGGUCAAAUGAUUUGGAGGAAGAUUUCCUCGGACUGCUUGAGAAGGAAUUGGACAAGGUGUUUAACUUCGUCAAGCUGAAACACCAGGAAAUCCUCAGGAGAAUCAAAGAGAACGAGGGUCUUGUCUUCUCCACUGUUGAGAGUUCCAAGAAUUGUCCACCAGAGGAGGCCGAGUUCUACGAGCAAAAUUUUGAGGAUCUGGAGGAAGAGCUUUCGGAUGUGAUAGCCGAUGUCCAUGACCUCGCCAAGUUCACCAGACUGAACUAUAUUGGGUUUCAAAAGAUCCUCAAGAAGCACGACAAACAGACCAACGGCAAGUACAUCCUCAAGCCAAUCUUUCAGGCCCGUCUGGAGGCGAAGGCAUUUUUCAAGGACAACUACGAUGACCUGGUAGUCAAACUCUCUAAGCUGUAUGAUCUGGUGAGAACCAGAGGAAACCCAGUCAAGGGCGACAGUGCUGCUGGAGGCUCGAUGCAGAAUUUUGUGAGACAAACGACCAAGUACUGGGUCCAUCCAGACAACAUCACUGAGCUGAAGCUGAUUAUCCUCAAGCAUUUGCCUGUGCUGGUGUUCAAUGCCAACAAGGAGUUCCAGGCAGAAGACAGUGCCAUCACCUCUAUAUACUAUGAUGACAAGGCCAUGGAUUUGUACUAUGGACGUUUGCUCAAAGAUGAAGGUGCUGAGGCCAUUCGUUUGAGAUGGUAUGGAGGAAUGUCCAGCGACACCAUCUUCGUGGAGAGAAAAACCCACAGAGAAGACUGGACGGGUGAAAAAUCUGUCAAAGCUCGGUUCCCACUCAAAGAGAAGAACGUGAACGAUUUUCUGGCAGGAAAAAUGACCGUUUCACAGGUUUUCGAGAAGGCCAGGAAAGAGGGCAAGAAAUCACCCCAGGAGAUCGAGUCCCUGGAGCGUUUGGCGCAGGAAGUUCAGUAUCGUGUAAUCAAGGACAAAAUGAGACCUGUGAUGAGGUCCUUCUACAACAGAACAGCGUUUCAAUUGCCAGGAGACGCCCGUGUGAGGAUUUCUCUGGAUACGGAGUUGACAAUGGUCAGAGAGGACAACUUUGAUGGCAAAGACCGUACCAAUGGCAACUGGAGGCGGAUGGAUAUCGGCGUUGACUACCCGUUCGCCAAUCUUCCAGAUGAGGAUGUGGAGAGAUUUCCUUAUGCUGUUCUAGAGGUCAAAUUGCAGACUCAGAUGGGCCAGGAACCUCCUGAAUGGGUUCGCGAGAUGGUGGCUUCCCACCUGGUUGAAGCUAUUCCCAAGUUUUCCAAAUUCAUCCACGGAUGUGCCACUUUGCUCCCUGAAAGAGUGGACCUCAUUCCAUUCUGGCUGCCUCAGAUGGAUGUUGAUAUAAGGAAGCCAAAGCAGAACGUUGAGUAUGGUAUUGUCAGACACAAGGAUACCUCAAACGGUGGAGAACUGGAUGAGGAGGAAUUAGCUGGAGCCAAUUAUGGCUCAAUCAAUAGUGAACACGUCCAGUUUGGUGGUUCGAGGACCGAAUCUGGCGAGCAAACUGCACUAUUAGUGCCUUCUCAGUCAUACGCCUUCAGCCAGUCCUCCGGGAUAUUGAACUCGUUCAGGUUCUGCUGGAACAAACUGGCAGGUCCGGACAAUUCAUUUAAUAAAGUCCCAGAUGGAACCAUUUUUGAGUCCCGAAUCCAGGCCCCUCCAGGAAAGAAGAUAGCUGCACCAAUCCGUGUUGAGCCUAAGGUGUACUUCGCAACGGAGAGGACUUAUCUGUCAUGGCUAUCUAUUGCAAUGAUAUUUGGUGCUACUGGACACACGUUACUCAGCUACGGUGAUGCGGUCAGCCUGCUUGCAUCUGUUGGUUUUUACCUAACUGCCGCAUUGACCAUAGUGUAUGCCUCUGGAAUGUACGUUUGGAGAUGUCAUGCAAUCAGGCGAAAGAGAGCCGUCCGAUACGACGAUCAGAUUGGGCCAAGAGUUCUUUGUGGCUGUUUGGCACUGUCUGUAGGACUGAGUUUUCUGUUUAGGUAUUUGAAUUGA